AUGCACGCAAAUGUCUCGUCCGACGCCGUUGCCGCCGACGAGGACACAACUUCUGUUGUUUUUAUUCAUAAUAGUGGCCUCAUUUUUUCGGCAACUCAACGGCACUCAAAUACAAUACUUAUAAUUUCUUAUUGUUGGCCAGCACUACUUCUGUCAUUUUUUUCCAUUAUCGGUAUUAUUGGUAAUUUACUUGUUUGUCUAGCAAUAGCAACUGAACGACGUUUACAAAAUCGCACAAAUUGGUUUCUUUUCUCAUUAGCACUUGCUGACAUGCUCGUAUCGGGUCUUGUCAUUCCAUUAGCUGUUGUUAAAGAAUUUACAGGUUUUUGGAUAUUAGGUCCAGCUUUGUGCGAUUUAUGGAUAUUUUUGGAUGUUUGUUCGUGUACAUCAUCAAUUAUGCAUAUAGUUGUUAUUUCAAUUGAUCGUUAUUUAGCAAUAAAUGAUCCAUUAAAUACUCGUAAUCGACAACAAAAAUGUAAAAUUCUUGUAUUGAUUAUACUUGUUUGGUUAAUUGCAAUUUUAUUAUCAUCUCCAAUGAUUGUGCUUGGUGCAAUUAAUCCAUAUAAUAUUUUUAUUGAUGGACAAUGUUUAAUAAAUAAUCAAUUUUUUGUUAUCUAUGGUAGUGUUGUUUCAUUUGUCAUCCCAUUGAUUAUAGUUAUUAUUAUGUAUACACUAACGGUACGUCGUUUAAAAGAACAAAUACGACAGUGUCAAACACAACUUGCUCAAGAACAAUUAGCUCGUGCAGCUAGUUUAGUUGCUAAACCAUUUUUAAGACGACAUAUACCAACACGAGAUACUGCUAAUGCAGCUGCCAUUGCUAAUACUAAUUCACAAUGGACACCAUUAUCAAUUAGAGUAUUAAAACGUACACGUUUACGGCGACCUCAAACAAGUUUAGAAUUAAGCGAAGAAAGUGCAGAUAAUACAAGUUUACAACAACAAAGACAACAACAACUACAACAAGAACAAUGUGAUCAAGAAUCUCAAAUUGAAGAAAAACCAAUUGUGUUACAAGAUCUUCCAUCACAAGCACCAAUAAAAUCUUCACCACAUAUUGAAUAUGCUUGUCCAACAAAUCCAUUUUAUCAAUUAAAAUGUACCUGUAAUCAUCAACAAGAACAACAACAGCAACAACAACAACAACCACAACCACAAUUAGAAACUGUUUUUGAACCUGAAUCACGUUUAAAUUGUUUAAAAUAUUUUUGUAGUCGUACAAAUACUAGUCCUUCUCCACGUUUACGUCGACAUUGUUCUCCUAAACCACAUCCAAUGUCAACAGAAUCAAAUCAAUGUUUAACAUCUUCAAGUCGUUCGACAUCUCGUAGAACUGCAAGAAGAAAUUGGAAUCGUUCAACAAUAACACCAAGUCCUAGUAUGUCACGUACAAAAUCUUCAGCUGUACGUAAUGAACAAAAAGCAGUUAAAGUACUUGGUGUUGUUUUUGUUAUAUUUGUCGUAGCAUGGUUUCCAUUUUGUAUUAUGAAUUUAUUACAAGGAGUUUGUAAACGAUGUUCAGUUAAUCCAAAUAUUUUAAAUGGUUUUGUUUGGCUUGGUUAUGUUUCAUCAACAAUUAAUCCACUUGUUUACACAAUAUUUAAUCGUAAUUUUCGUUUAAAAUUUAUUGCUCUACUUAGAUGUCAUUGUUUAUAUUCAACAAGACGACAUAGACAUUUUGCAUAUUAUCCAAGUUAUUCAUCAUCAUAUCGAUCACGUCUUCAAGGAAGAAAUGGUUUAACAAAAAAUGAUCUUGGUCGUAUGGAUACAUUUUAUGAACAACAAGAAUUAAAAUUAUUACAUACAAUACCACAACAAUUAUAA